ACAGCAUUGCAUAGGAUAAGACAAAUCUUAGAUAUCUUCCUUGUGCCCGUAGUUUUAUAUCAUUACUUUUCCCUAUUCUUUUUGGGCGCCUAAUUCAAAUAUUCAAAUAAAUACACUUUACAGCACUGCUUGCUAUGCAGGGCUGCCAGACGGUCAAAAAAAGAACAAGUCAAGAAGAAUUUAUUUGCUUGACCCUUUUAGCUAAAACCUUAUUUCAGACACAAUCCUAUAAACAAAAGAGUAUUUAAAACAAUCCAAUCAGUAGAAAAUUGAUUCAAUAACCGGAUAAAAUUAUGUGGGCAGGGUUGAGGAUCUUAGCUAGCUAGUAAUGUUUAACCGAAUAUAAAAAUCGAGGAAUAUGAAUACGAAUUCAAAUAGUUCGGCAGUAUAUCUUUGGUAUAUUUUCAAACUGUGGCGUAGUUUUCGGUAUAUUUCUGAGAGUCUGACCGUACAUCUUGUCGAUAAACCCGCGGUCACACUGAUAUGCACAUCCACGCAACGUAAAAUUUAAAUUUUCGUUUGAAAAUAAACACGUUGAUCGAACGUUGCUUGCCCUUGUCGUUCUCCAGGUCUUUAGCGAUUGCUGGAUGUAGUCUACUUCUCAACUCCGUUCUUUGGAAGAAGAACAAAGUUAUAAAAUUGUAAGGAGCCUUGAGAGCAGACGACAAUGUGGCCGAGACUGGUGCUGGGAGUGACUGCUGGGAUAAUUGUGGGAUGAGUGGCGAAGGCCGACGCCAUCGAAGCUUGAAAAACCGUUGAAAAUCCGUAUGUAACAAGAGAAGAAUUGCAGGGAAAGUAAAAUUUUAAAAAAAGAUGAUGCUUUUACGGUUAGUAGGAGGUUUCAUAGGUUUCUCUGAAAAUUCAUUCGACUGGCUAAUGUGAGAUGCAUUAUUUAAAAUAUUGGCAAGCUCUGGUGCAUAGUAUGGUUGGAAGAUUGCGGAAUUUUUAGAUUUUUGCGGAAAAUGGAUGUGUAGCGCCAAUAAGGAAACGUUUCCUCCCCAUAAGGAAUAUAUAUUCUUGAUCAGCAUCAAUAUCCGAGUCGAUUAAGUCAUGUCUGUCUGUCCGUUCGCCCGUCAAUCUUGUUUGACGCCUAGUUCUCAGAAACUAUAAAAGCUGGAGCAAUACUCCUGUAAUACCGCACUGUUACAAGUGCAUUUUAAAAUUUUAUAUACAGACUCCUGUGAUGACGGUUUAUCCUGUUUCUUUUUUCAAUCUGUCCGUAAAUGAGAGUUUUUUUCAAACACCCUAUAAAUUUGAAACGUUAUUUGAGGGAGCUGUUUUUUUUUAAGGUGUCAAUGGACCAUGGACAGAAAUUGCUUGCUAUCUCGAUUCAGCAAAAUGGUAUUAAAGCCAGUGAGCUCUCUAUGCAAAGCUGAUAUCCAGAGAUAGAAAUUGAUCAGUAGACCUGAACUAAAAAGCUUAUUUUAAAUGACCAUUGAAUAUAAUAAGAAUAAGUUUUCUAUAAAAAUAGUAUUGGUAUAUAAAAAAGCAUUACAUCGAACUUAGUCGUCGUGGUUUCAUGUGCGUGAUGUGUUUUACCCUCAAUGUUUUGGUGUACCUCCUGGUCAUAUCCCAUUUUGUCGUAGAGAUCGCUUGUCGAGUGGAGUUCACGAACAUAAAGUGCAAUUCUGAGGACCAGGAGCUCUCCGAUUUUGAAUAUUGUUAUCUGAAAUCUGUGAACCGGAGCUACAAAUAUCUAUCGCUGAAAGUCAAUCUGCUUCAAGUUCCCGUUACCAAAUUCUCGACAAAAUUUGGACUGUACAAGCGAUUCAGUGGAUAUAAACCAUUCCUUUACAAUUUCACUGUGAAUGGCUGCAAUUUCCUUAAACGUCCAAAAUCCUUCCCCGUCGUAAGUUAUUUUUAUGAGAUCUUCAAAGAUUAUUCGAAUAUGAAUCAUUCAUGUCCCUACGAUCAUGAUCUACUAGUGGAUAAGCUUACCAUCGAGCGGAUCAAUAACCGAUUCUCAAAAACACUGACCUUUCCCGAGGGCGAUUACAUGUUCGAGUUCCACUUUCUGGCCUACGGCAUCAACCGUGCGGUGGUUAAACUAUAUUUCACCCUUUCGUGAAUGCUCCAUCUCUAAGAAGAAAGAAGUUUAUACAAUAUGCUUUAUUAUCAAAUUCGUAUGUUUUUUUAAACAAAUGUCAUUUAAAUGUAGCACUUCUAGUAUGUUUAGAAUGUUAAUGCAAAAUGGCAAGAGGAUAAUUGUUUUCCGGUUUUAGAAAAAUGGUAUUAAAGCUACAUACAUAUGUAGUUCUUUAUGCAAAGCUGCUAUCCAAUAAGAGUUAUAAACUUCAAGCAUAUGUUUAAAAUAAACCACUCAAGUUGAAAAUAGGUUAAUUAAUCGGAUAUUAUUUUGUGGGCAUGGCUAAAUGUUCUAUCUAGCUAAUAAUAUUCGGCGGAACAUCAAAAUUCCAAUUCUUGACGGAGAACGAUUAACCAAUUAUAGGCCAAGGGGCCUA